AUGGGCAGCAUUCUGCAGCAGUCGGUCUUAAAAGGCCGACUGAUCGAUGGAAACAAGAAGGAUCUGCUUCAUACAUUAUUCAGAGAGGCGGCGGCCAAUUAUACCAAUCAGCUGGCGAUCUACUAUAAAGACGAUCACGGGGAAGAGUACACGUUGUCUUACGGCGAACUAAACGAUCUGACCGAUGGGAUCGCGAGGGUGCUGAGAAAAUUACAGAAACCUGAGAACUCGUCCGGGUCUAUUGUCGCAGUAUGCAUGAAACCGUCUCAUCGACUUCCGAUUGUGUUGCUGGCGAUCGUCAAAGCUGGCAUGGCGUACUUGCCCCUGGACGCGGAAUUCCCCAUGACGAGAAUCAAACACGUUUUACAAGAGGCCAGGCCUUUCGUGGUGGUGACGGAAGAAGGAGCUGAUCCCUCGAUUUACGAUGGAACUGCGACAACCACUUACGAGCAGCUGGUGGAGAGAGCUAUGCACGAGAAGAAGGACGAUCUCGAGCGGCAGGAGAGCCCCGAGCAGCUUGCGAUCGUUCUGUACACUUCCGGCAGCACGGGCACACCGAAAGGAGUGCUUCUGCCACACGCGACAGUGUUGAAUCGACUGCAGUGGCAGUGGCGGGAGUUGCCUUACGCGGCUGACGAAAGGCACUGUGUGUUUAAAACGUCACUGACGUUCGUCGACAGUGUGUCCGAAAUUUGGGGACCUCUUUUGCAAGGACGUACCAUAGUUGUUAUACCCAAACACGUUACCAAGGACCCGGAGAAAUUCGUGCAAGUGUUGGACAAGCACAAGAUACAGCGACUGGUGCUGGUGCCCUCCCUAUUACACUCUAUGCUUAUGUACUUGAGUUUAAGAGACAAGGAAAAUGUGCUGCAAUCCCUGAGGCUUUGGGUAUGCUCCGGUGAAACGUUGCCGGUUGCGUUGGCCGAACAAUUUUUCACCACUUUCGGUGAUGGUGCCAAGAUCCUGGCGAACUUUUAUGGGAGCACAGAGAUCAUGGGCGACGUCACGUAUUAUCUUCUGGACAAUCGUAACCAACUCCAGGCGACGGAGAAAGUUCCCAUAGGAAAACCGUUAGAUAACUGUAUCAUCUACAUCGUGAACAAGGAAAUGCGACUGGUCCCGCAAGGUGAAGUCGGGGAACUAAUGGUAGCUGGAAGGAAUCUCGCGGCGGGAUACAUUCGCGACAACGACUCCCGAAAAUUCCUGGACAAUCCCCACGCCAUCGAUCCAGGAUACUCGAGGAUUUACCGUACGGGCGAUUACGCCAGGAUAUCGAAAGGUGUGGUCGUGUACGAGGGACGCGUGGAUUCGCAGAUAAAGGUCCGAGGACACCGUGUCGAUCUUGCGGAAGUGGAGAAGGCGGUCGUCAAAACGCCGGAUGUCGACAGUGUGGUCGUUCUUUGUUAUAAACCUGGAGAACUGUCUCAGGCAUUGAUCGCAUUCGUCACCACUGUGAACGGUUCAUCCACUUGCGCGGAGAAAAUUGAGUCAUUCCUACAAGCUACAUUACCUCUGUACAUGUUACCACAAAUAUUCAUAGUGGACAAGAUACCACUCCUGACUAACGGAAAGACGGAUCGGCAGACAUUGCUGAAGCAAUAUGAAUCUUCCAGCCUGAACGGUGAAAGCGACGUGUGCAUGAACUGCGACUAUACAGGCGUGGCGGAGAAGGAUCUCGAAAAAGCGAGAGUCCUGUUUCCCACAGUGGCGUCGGUGAUUGGCCGCGGUGGACGAGCGAACGUGACGAUAGGUGCGAAUUUCUACGAGCUGGGAGGCAACUCCUUGAACUCGAUCUACACGGUCACGAAGCUGAGGGAUCAGGGUUACGAGAUAGGGAUCACGGAGUUCCUCACGGCGGCGAGUCUCGCGGUGGUGCUCGACCGGAUGAGGACCAGCUCGGAGGAGCCGCCGAUCGAGAAGAAUCUGAACGAGGAUGAGCACUACUACGAGAUGCUGAACAACUCCCACAAAGAGGAUGCGAUCGAAAUCAUCACGGAAAGUUUCUACAGUAAGGCGGACCUGGAACAAUGGCUGAUGCCGGACAUAUCGAGGAACGAUUAUCGUAUAAUGAUGGAACUCCUCUGGGAGCCAUUAGUCGAGAAAAAUCUCAGUUUCGUUGUAAAAUCGUCGUUGGACGGCAAAACGAUCGGUGUGGGUCUGAACUUCGAUCUAUGGGACGAGCCCGAGUUAAUACUCGACUCGAAGUUAACGAUCGUAUUCGAUUUCCUGGAAUACUUGGAGGCGCCGAUACGUGAACGGAAAUUGCCAAAAGGAAAGGGUCAGAUCAUCCAUAACUUUAUGAUGUCCACGAACGGCGACCUAAAUCCGGCCGAAAAUGUGAUCAUAAUGAAGGAAAUGGAGGAGUAUUGCUUACAGCUGGCCAAAAGAAAAGAAUACGCUGGGAUCUUCACCACAAACACCAGUCCUCUGACGCAGCAACUCGGGAUGGAUGUGUUUGGGUAUGAAACGAUGCUAACAUAUCAAGUGAAUAAAUAUAACGCCCCCGAUGGCACGAAACCCUUUGGAAAAGCACCGGACAGUCAACUGGCAAUUUGCUCGUUGAAAAUGAUCAACUAAUGCUCAUUGAAACAUACCGGAAGCAUUAGCCGUG